AUGGCAAGCAGCCCGACCAUAACUUUGCAAAAGAUCGCAGGGGACUGUAUCAAGUCCGUGCGCUCAAUUGUGCCUCCGGAAAAUGAGGAGGAGGCGAUUGAAUUGAUUGUAAAUAUCUGGAAUGCCUUGGCAGCACAGUCGGCUCACAGCCUCAAAGUAGGCAAGUCGAUGUCGCUGAUGCCACUAGGUGUGCUGUUCAAUGCCGGAAAAGACAUGGAGCCGCAGCUGGCCGUUUCAGAGCUCUUUCUGCUGCAGUAUGGCAUUUCGAUGAAGCCCGGUGAUCAGGGUCAACCUGGUCCCAGCACCAAAGCUGCGUACGGAGAGAUUGCUGUAGCAGUGCACGUCUCGGACAAAGCCCUUAUUCCCAAUGUGAUCACAGCCGUCAUCCAUAGGUUUGGUGAGCUAUGUGCACAGCACCCCUUGGUUCUUGUGGACUUCUCACCUCUGGGCGAGUUGAAAUGCGAGAAUCAGCGCAUGGAGUUCCUUCCCACCAGCAAGAUCCAAGCGCCUCCCGCCUCCACCGAGCCCGGGAAGACCGUGAAGUCCUUGCUGCAGCGACGAAGAAAGCCGGAGGCGGAAGGACCGGUACCUCCACUGCCUCUUCCCAGUGCCUCGCAAGAGAGUAUGCACCCCGAGUUUCGCUCAGUUCGCACCAUCCGUGUGCCGGAUGGCUCGCCUCGCUUGGGCGUGUCGCCCCGGCGAGGGCAGGUGAGUCCCGCUUUUCGCUCCAAUGUGAGCGUUGGCCAGAGUUCCCAUGCUGCCUCUGCAGAGAACGCCAUAUUCGUUCGAUCUCAUCCUGCAAAGGCCAUUGAUUUCCCCCCGCUCUUGGACGAGUUUUCUCGCACGCUGGCGGCUCCCUAUGGUGAGGAUCUUCACCAUGGAAGCAGUUCGGGCCGAAUCGCGUCACACUUGUCCCCUCUCUCGGGAAUGUUGGUGUGGAGCCAGGAAGGGAAGUGCCUGAAGUGGCGACAGAAGAAAUUGCCAAAGGACAGCAAAGGUCAGAAACCCGAGUAUGCUCCCAUGGACAUCUUGGAGCGUGAGUUUGAGCUCUCACAGAUCCUCCCAGGUUCCUCCUUGGACGUUGAGCUCAUCGACGCCGGUGUCUCCAGGCGUACCUUUUAUGGCGGCCUGUUGCGAUACAAUUACUACAUUAGCGAUGGCAUCGCGGACAGCGCCGUGGCUCCCAUCAACACUGAGUGGCUGGAGAAUGUAGUCUUCCUGGUGGAAGCCGAUCGUCUCUUCAAAGACCUGGACCCAGAGGUGGCAGAGUCGAUCAUCGUCAGCGUCACUGAGGAGAUGAAAACGGGGUAUGUCAAGGCUUGCAAGCGAGCCAUAGCUGAUUACAUCUUCAAGGAUGCGCUGAGCCGUGAACGUGCCUUGGUACCCUUUGUGCCGGUGCCGGUGCCCGAUUGGGGCUCCGUCCCCUUCGAAGGGAUUGAGGGCACCGUAGGUGGCCCGCCGGAUGAGUGGAGGGAUGGCAUCGAAGAAAGUCGCAACUCGGUGGUGCGGAUCCUCACGGUCUGCAACCAGUCCGCCCUGCGGCUCCUCUACCUUUGGUAUGGCACGGGCUAUGGCUCGAUGCUACUGGUGGAUUUACCACCGCCAUCGUCGAGCAUGGUGGACAUCGAUCACUUCUCGGAAAGGCAAAAAUCAUGCUGCCAUGACGUUUUCACCAAGUUCAAAUCGCAGUGGUUUGAGGAGGUCUGUGCGGUCCUCCGAGAGGAGAGUCUUCACCUCAGGAGCCCAACGGAGGCGCGCUUCUUCCGGGGGAUUCUGGCGCUUCUCUCCGUGCAGACCAGAUAUCUGGUGGCACAGUCCGUGCAUGAGUACACCGUCUUCUUUGAGCGCUUCGGAAAUCCCAAGCCGGGCCCGGCCAGUUUGCUGAAGUCUCAAGGGCCCAACGGGGAUGCCAUUUCGGUGGAUGGAGAUGCGAAGUUGAAAGACGAGGAAGAGCGGCAAGAUGCAUUCCUCGUUGGGCUCCUAGCAGGGCCCCAUUGGCAGCCAGGAGUUUGGGUGUUUCAUACCGGGCAAGAGUUUGCUUCGGAGAUGGAAAAGGUGGUGAAGCUUAUACCGAAAGGCGACGAGGUGAAGGUCAAGGACUCCACGGAACGUGUGGUGGAGCGGGUGCUGCGAGUGUCUGGGAACCGAGGAACGACGGAAGCCGCGGAAGACGCGGAAACCACGGAAACCACGUUUCGCGACUUUGUGGUUUGCCUCAACGACAUCCCGUCUCCCGAAAGUCGAGUGCAGGCAUCUGGAAGCAAGGAGACGAAGAAUCUCUGGGGCACUCACCUGGACGAACAGCACGUGGUGCAGGCGGAAAAACUCAUUGAGCGCACGGUGCACUUCAACAUGGCCAAUGCCACGGAGGCGGUUCGAAUCUAUGAUGAGUACACGUAUCUCCUUAGCGAAGAAGAUCGCAUCAAAGAGUUUGUGAAGGACUCCAGCAAGACCAUUCCCAACUUCUUACAGAAGAUCGCUUCCUUCAAGGUGUGA